AUGGUGCGGCUGUGCGUGGUUUGCGAUGCAAUUCCUGGCGGCAGCUCGCCGACCCUGAGCGCUGAGCUGUAUCAGGUCCUCGUUGACUUGGGCGUGGCGCGGGCCGAUUCGACUGCGGAUCGACCUCGCCUUUGCCGCCAUUGCUCGCACUGGCGGGCGAAAGCGCUGCGGGUGGUGGAGUUCGUGGCAGUUUGGAUCGGAGCUUUUGUGACCGUGCUUCAGCGGCUGUUCCCGGAGGAUCGCGCGCUGAAGCGGCCUGAGCUGGCGGAGCGUCGCAAUGCGCUCCAGGUUGGUGGCGAGUUUCAGGAGUACGCUCUGACCAAACAUGGGGCGCCGGCCCCUUUCUUGGACCGCGCGACGCUCCAGCUGUACACCCUCGUGCAGCACCAGCAGCCAGCGGACAUCUUAAUGUCAACCAUAACUUUGCGUGCUUUGUGCAACGACGCAGAGCACAUGAGGGCGUUCUGGCUGUUGUUCGAGCAGGUCCGUGGUGUCCCUCUGGGCGCAAUCUCCUUGCGCCGUUGCAGCGACAGUGCUUUGGAGGAGCUCGUCAUGGCGACGAAGUCCCAAUGGCACAGGUCUGGCAUAGGCCAACGGGCCUGCCCUUGGCACGCCUCGCAGAAGGGGCCCGCUCUGAGCAAAGCAGUGCGCUGGCUGCGGUCAUGUUACGAUCGCGUGCGGCGCAUGGGGGCGAAGAAGGUUUUGAAAAAGGGCAAGAUCCUCCAGAAUCUGACGACGUGCGGGUUCAACAAAAGCGGACUAUUUCGAUCCAUGGUGGCCAGAGAUCUUGAAGCUCUUUUGCAUCUCGAGGAUGAGGAGCAUCCCGAUUGGCACAUGGGCUCCUAUGCCCGGGAUCAGCUCAAGGAGAUCGUUCCUGGCUUGCGGAAUGGCUUCCAGAGAUUUCACCGGUGCGUUGUAGCGAAGCUGAUGCGCGAGUGGCCUCAACUGACGCGCUACGUCCGGAUCACACCACAAUGCACAACGCACCAGCUUUGCGAAGACCGGCAGAUCUUCAGUCGAGAAUGCGACCGCCAGCCCCGCUCUCGGCGGACCGGCGCCAGCCUUCGGGCCCUGGCAGCCGAGAGCUUUCACCUGUGCGGAGGCUCUGAUGCAGUGGUGCUGCAGCAGAGAUUGCGACGAAGUGUGGCAGCGGCGCCGGAACGAUCCGUGUUGAAGACUUCCGCGGUUCGGUCGAUUUGGGUCAUCGCUUUUUGA